AUGGAGUACGCGGAUGAGUGGCGUGCCGGGCUAGCGACAACGGUGCCACCGACGAACAAGAAUGUGGAGCACGUGGUGCCGGCAUUAUUUUGUGGCCAAGCCAUCGCCGAGAGGAAUCGAGUAAUUACUGGAUUCGGAAGGUUGGGAACUAUGUUUGGAUCUGAUAUGUAUAACAUCAAACCAGAUCUUGUAUCCUUAGCCAAGGCUCUUUCUUCUGCAUAUGCCCCUAUUGCAAUUGUUAGCCGGGAAAUAGCAGAUGUGAUUCAUUCUCAUAUCAAUAAGCUUGGUAUAUUUGCUCAUGGCUUCACAUACUCUGGCCAUCCUUUUUCUUGUGCUGUGGUUUUAGAAGCACUAAAAAUUUAUUGGGAAAGAGAUAUUUCGGGUCAUGUGGCACGUGUUUCUCAAAGGUCCCAGGAUGGAAUCAAGGCCUUUGCAACUGGAAGUCCAAUUGUUGGGGAGACACGUGGUGUAGGAUUACUGAUAGCAACUGAAUUCACUGACAACAAAUCACCAAAUGAGUCAUUCCCUUUCGAGUGGGGGGUUGGCGAAAUAUUUGGAGCAGAGUGUAAGAAACGUGGCAUGAUUGUUAAGGUUCUUGGAAACGUGAUAGUAAUGUCCCCGCCACUGAUAAUUUCCCAUGAAGAAAUUGAUGAGUUAGUGGGGAUAUAUGGAGAAGCACUAAAGGCCACAGAGGAAAAAGUGGCAGAGUUAAAAUCCAAGAAAAAUUAG